AUGAGGGUGAAGACACAAGCUCUUAUCUCAUUCUCCAUAGGAGGCUAUAAGGAUGAACUAUGGGGUGAUAUGUUGCCUAUGAGUGCAUGCUAUCUGCUACUUGGAAGACCAUGGCAAUUUUAUAGGAAAGUCAUCCAUGAGGGGGAUUCUAAUGUGUAUUCUGUGUUGGUUGGCUCAAAGAGGGUUCGACUACAUCCCCUAGCUCCUAAUGCAAUGGCACCUAAACAACUAUAUAAGACACCAAGCUACUUCCUAAACUCAAGAGAAUUCGAACAUGAAGUGGAGGAGGAAGGCUGUGCUUAUGCCUUAAUUGUGAGACAAGUGACCACAAGUGUCAAAGCGCCUAACAAUGAGCAACUUGAAGCGUUGAUGCAAGAGUUUGAAGAUGUUUUCCCUGAGGAGUUACCACAAGGACUCCCACCUUUGAGGGGUAUAGAACAUGCUAUUGAUCUUGUACCUGGCACCACUUUACCUAACAAUCCUGCUUAUAGAUGUGAUCCAAUGGCUUCUAGGGAGUUGCAACGCCAGAUUGAAGACCUCAUUGAGAAAGGAUAUGUGAGGGAGAGCAUGAGUCCAUGUGUUGUGCCAGCAUUACUAGUCCCUGAGAAGGAUGGUACAUGGAGGAUGUGUAUAGAUAGUAUAGCAGUCAACCAAAAUCACAGUCAAGUAUAG